CAAGACAGCAGGUAGGAUUAAAAUAAAUAAAAGGAAAAAAAAGUAAAUCAGGCAGGAAACUGGUUCUAAUCUCUUAAGAAAUAGUUUGCAUACCAUGUUCGCACUAAUUGACGUUCGAAUUGUGUCAAAUGUAGGCGAAUUUUAGGAGUAGUAUUGAUCUUUUGUGAUCUAAACACCCUUAAAAAUUGAAUUAUUUACCAUGGAUCCUCAGCUAUUCUGGGAACUGUCCUUGUUAGGGGUUCUCCUGGUCAUUACUAGGGUCCUCUAUUUGGUUUUCCAAAUAACGACCGGUAAUACACGAUGUAGCAACAUAUUUGGAAGAUCAAAUUGUAAAACAAUGAUUUUUAUCGGCUCUGGGGGACACACAACUGAAAUGCUGAAGCUGCUUAAAGGUGUCGACUUUUCCAAGUUCAAGCCUCGAUUCUACGUGAUGGCAAACACCGAUCAGAGGAGCUACGACAAAGUAGUGAAUUUUGAGAAGGAAAAAGGAGACAGCAAAGACUUUUCAAUAAUCAGAGUACCGAGAAGUCGAGAAGUGCACCAAUCGUAUUUAACAUCGAUUGUUACAACUUUAUACUCGAUUUUAUACUCGGUUCCAGUUGUCUUAAAAACGAGACCGGAUAUCGUCAUAUGUAACGGACCUGGUAGCUGUGUACCGAUAUGUUUCGUUUGCUUUUUACUGAAAUGUUUGUUCAUUAAGAACAUACAAAUAGUGUUUGUUGAGAGCUAUUGUCGCGUGAAAACCUUUUCUUUAACUGGUAAAAUCAUGGCUUAUAUGGCCGAUAAUUUUCUGGUGCAUUGGUUAGAGUUACGGCACAAAAUGAGGAGGACUGAAUAUAUUGGAAGACUUAUGUAAACUUAAUGUAUAAUUUUACUUUACCAAACUAGUAUGUAUAUGUAGAUGGACUGGAUCUCUUUGCUGUGUAACCUUAGUUGAACUUGCUAUUCUUGGAAGUUUUGUAAUUUAAGGUGUUUAGGAGUUUUGAGUAAACAAGUAGCUUUAU